UCUGUGUACUCGGCCUAUACAUAAGCUAGCUAUUCUGCCGUUAGCUAGUUAGACCGACACCUGGACAGUUAUACUCGCUCUAUGUGUACUCGGGCUACACAUAAACUAGCUAUUCCGCCGUUAGACAAGCGGUGUUUUUAUGUUGAUCAUUGUUUAGUUCAGUUGUUCAGUAAGCGCUAAUACUUUCUUUGUUAGAAGGCAUUAUUCAUAGGCACAAUGGUGAAGCGAUGUGCUUGGGGGAGAUGCAAAUCGGAUGAACGGUACGAAAGUGGACAGCAUUUGACAUUUAUACCGUUUCCGAAGCCGAAAACGCAACGAUAAUUUUUUUUUAAAUGGAUUCGACUAUGCGGACGACCACACUCUCAACUAAAUGUUGAUAACAUAAACAAGCACAAGUAUGUUUGUUCAAAGCAUUUUGUUGGAGAGAGAGGCCCAACAGAGAUACACCCUGAUCCAGUAGCUGCAGAUGGGAGUCGAUCAACACCGCCAAGGCCCCCAUCAAAGAAACGGCGAUUACAGGAUAUUUCAAUGGAAAGUAAUACAGAUGCCACCAGACCCUAUGACAAUGAAAAUGCUCCACCUACAGAACUCCAUAAAGAUGAAAGUACUCAAACUGAUGAAAACUGGGUUUCCCCACUUGAUCUCCUGGUACAUAGUGCAGAGAGUCACAAACUUCGAAAACAUUUAGAAGAGACAACAAUGCAAAAUGAUGAAUUGCUUAAGAAAGUACAAGAACAGAAGACACGAAUAACAGAAUUAGAGAAAAGAUUAGAAGAUAGAGAAAAAUUUGGUUUUGAUAGUGUCCGUAGAAGAGAGGGAAAACUGAAAGAUCUGUUCCAGUAUUAUACAGGAUUAAAGCUGUUAAGACUUCUUGCACUCCUUGAUUAUUUUGCACCAAGUGAUGAUUGCAUUUCUUACAGAAAAAGUAGGCGUGACAUUAGAAGGAUUGUCUUUUUCUAUGUUUGUGUAGAUUGCGGCAUAAUUUUGGCCUAAAAGACAUAUCCAUGCGAUUUGGACUUUAAUUGCAAUCUUCGAGUGACAUUUUUAAUGCAUGGAUUGAACACAUGUAUUUCAAAUUUGGACAGUUAAAUAUUUGGCCACACAGGGAUAUAAUAAUUAACACUAUGCCUGCUGACUACAAAAAAGGAAUUUCCCACAAGUCUGAUUAUCAUUGAUGGCACAGAAAUUAAAACACAAUCUCCUUGUGCUCUGGCUCUACAAAGUCAAAUGUACAGUGAUUACAAACCAAGCACUACCUUAAAGUGUCUUAUUGGUUGUGAUCCAUGUGGAUCAUUGAUGUUUGUUUCUGAACUGUUUACUGGGUCUGUAUCCGACAAAGAAAUUACAACAAACAGUGGGUUUUAUGAUUUACUGAAAGCUCUACUUGAAAGAGGUUAUUUACUGGAAGGAGAUGCUGUCAUGGCAGACAAAGGCUUCACCAUUGGGAACGAAUUAGAAAAGCUAGGAUUAAAAUUAAAUAUACCGCCAUUUGCUUCGUCUGGUUCACAGAUGUCCCCAGGAGAUACAGAACUGACACAAAAAAUUGCAAAACAUCGAAUUCACAUUGAAAGGGUAAUUUCCAAAAACAAAAAACUACAGAAUUGUCUUUCAUACAAUCCCAUCUUCGCUCUUCCAAAACAAACCAGAUUUGGGCAGUUUGUUGCUUUUUGACAUUGUUUCAAGACACUUUGUUAGGGAUAAAUGAAAUUAGAAAACAGAAAGAAAGGUUUUUACCUGAUAUGAUAACAGUGAGCCAACAGGUACUUUCCCAAAAGGUGUAUCCACUGUAGGUCCAUCUUCUGAUAAACUAUAUCCCAGUGACGUUCCAUCGAGUUGUCUCAGUUUUUUAACAUCAGAAGACUCAACAAGAGGAAGUAUGAAGUGUAAAGAAUUAGUACAUGUGUUACAUAACCGUAUGUUAAGCUGUAUACUAACUAAAAACAAACAAAUAAAACAAACUUUACAACAAUUUAUGAUGCAUUAGCAACUGUUACAUUUUACAGAAAAUAUUGUAAGACCUGUUCUAAAGAUGAUGAUUAUUAUAUCUACCAACAGAUGUAGUAAAACAUUGUUUAUAGGUUCCUUGGAAAUCCCCCCAAUUGCGACCCAAAUAAAAAUAAUCUAAGUCUAUCUUGCCAGUUUUUCAACUUAUAAGGUGUAGUAUUUACUUGUUAAAAAGGAACUGUAACAUUGUUGUCAUUACGAUGUAUUCAUAUUGCAGAGGUAUUUAUGUGCAUAAUAAUUUCGUAUUGUUAGCGGCACAAUACUUUUAAAGUAUCAUACUACAUUCCAGUUAAUUAUUAAAUAUUAAUUUCACAACAUGAAAUUAAUUUAUGCAAAAUAUAAUCAAUUCUGUGUUUUAUUAUAUUGAUUAACAUAUAUAUGUACAUUUUAUAUUCAGUUUAUUGUUUAUUAUUUAUUUCUCUACAUUUUCAGAGAGUAUUAUAGACUUUUAAAUGCAACUUUACAAUAUGCAAAGAAGUUGCAGAACAUACUAAAAUAUUCCAGAAAUACAACAAAAAUCUCAAUGAGGUGAUGCUAAUUUCAAAAUGAAUCGAUAUAAUUACAAUAGGUAUACCGCCUAUAGUAUCAAAGAACAAAUCAACAUUAUAAG